AGCUCAGAGAGAAGGUUGUCACUGACGGGAAAGAAGUGCAGCAGGGUGGUCUGCAUUCCUUUGGGAAUUAUAGGAGUUGAAUGCAUGAGUCUGCCACUUUAUACAUAGGAGCCGGGCGUCAUUUACACAUAAUAACGUAUAGGGACUCUAUUUGAUUGUCAAUUUUAAAGGAUUGUUUCGGUUAUCGCAAUGAGUGCGACCGUUGCAUCAGAGAGCUGCUUUCUGUCCGCCCUACAGCCCAACACCGCGGUCACCACUUAUGCAGUCCCGUCCGAUGUGCAGUUGGGACCGAGGGGUUCCAUAAUGGACGAGGUGGAAAGGGCUAAGAGGGUUCAACAACAAGUCCAUCUUCGCCUCGCCGAAAAGAGGUCUUCGUCCCUCACAAGGCUGAACGGCUCGAACUGCAUUUCCCCAGACCAUGGUGGCACAAUGAGAUAUAACACGUACAACCCCGGAUUCAGCUCUAAGUCAAUGGUGUAUAACACAGGGAGCAGGACCAUGAAGAUGCCCCCGGUAUCCCAGCAGUACUUGGGAGGUAGGUACUCAUCUCUCUCAGCGGUGGAGUUAGGACCUAGAUACAGAAUCAGCCAGCCUCCAGUCAACACUGGCUACCUCCACCAUGACGACAUCCAGCUGGGUGGCUACCAGACCAGCCGGACGAGGACCACCAGGUCCAGAUCAGUUUGUCAGGCUGACCAAGAGGCAGUGGUCCAGGGUGUGGGAGGCCUGCUCACCCUGCGCCACCAGCAGCAAAACCCAGUGGCCAGCUGGGUGGCCCGUGAUGGCAUGGCCACAGAGUUCCACUCCUACCAUGGUGGAGGUAUACCUGCCCCAGCAACGAUGAGGCGCACACUCAGUGGAACCCUGGCGGGGGGUGGUAGCGGUGGGUGGAGAGAGGCGGAGCUAGUUUACCAGCACUCCUACAAAGGCCCCGCCCACCGUACCAUUAGUCGCAUCAACAACAGACAACAGCAGCAGCAACAUCUGAGCUCAGCGUCGGGGCUGCAGCAGUGGCAGCAGGUGUCUGGCGGGGGCGGUGGCAGUGUGUACGGAGGCUGGGGGCAGUACCAGAACUCCCUGCCCCGACCGGCCUCCUUGAACAGCAUGAAGAGUAUGGGGAAAGGCAUGGACGUGCCUGAUGGGGGCAGGGAUUCAGCUGACAGCAAUGAGAAACUUGGAGGAAUGCACAGUUUAGACAUGCCCACCGCGGUCAACUACCUCUCCAUGUCCGACACAGCCAUGCAGGUGCUGGGAGCAGCCUACAUCCAGCACCAAUGUUACCAUAGCAGUGAUGCCAAGAACCAGGUGCGUCUGCUGAAGGGUGUCCCAGCCCUGGUGCAGCUCUUCAGCAGUGACAGCCAGGAGGUCCAGCGCUACGCUACAGGCGCUACACGCAACCUCAUCUAUGAGAACAUGGACAACAAGGCGGCCCUCAUUGAGGCUGGGGGAGUAGCCAAGCUCAUCAGUGUCCUGAAAGAACCAGAUGAGGAGCUUCGCAAGAACAUCACUGGUAUUCUGUGGAACAUGUCCUCUAAGGACAGUCUGAAGGAGAAGUUGGCCAGAGAGACAUUGAGUGAGCUCACAGAGAGGGUGCUGGUGCCCCUGUGCAGUGGUGGAGAUUCAGAGCUGAUCUGUCAGAGUCCAUCUGAGGCAGACAUCUUCUACAACACCACAGGCUGCCUGAGGAACCUGAGCUCAGUGAAUGAGAGGACGAGGCAGCAGAUGAGAGACAUGCGAGGGCUGGUGGACUCGCUGGUGGCCUACAUCCAGAACUCCCUUCAGGAUGAGAAAGCAGAGGACAAAGGUGUAGAGAAUGCAGUGUGUGUCCUGAGGAACCUGUCUUAUCAGCUGUACAGUGAGAUCCCUCCCUCAACCCUACUGCGACUGGAGGGGCCUACGCGGGCCAGAGCCACUACUGAGACUGAGUCCAUUGGCUGUUUCACCCCACAGAGCAAGAAGGCAAAGGAGCGACAGAACCAGGAACUGUCCACCUUCUCAGAGGUGGCUAAGCAGCCAAAGGGGGCGGAGUGGCUGUGGCACCCCCAGGUGGUGGGGCUGUAUAACCGCGUGCUUCAGCACUAUGAGACCAACACGGCAACACGAGAGGCUGCAGCAGGGGCCCUGCAGAACAUCACAGCCGGAGAGACCAGGUGGGCGUCAGUGCUGAGUUGGGUGGCUUUAGAGCAGGAGCGGAUGCUGCCUGUGGUGCUGGACCUCCUGCAGACACAAAGUGACCAGGAGAUGCGUUCCCUCACUGGCCUCCUGAGGAACCUGUCCCGACACAGCAGAAACAAGGACGACAUGGCUACGAAGGUAGUGAACAUUCUGGUGACCAAGCUCCCCAGUGAUGGCCACCAGAAGGAACCAUCCAGUGAAGUGGUGGUCAACAUAUGUGGGACCCUUAAUAACCUGGUUGCAGGCAGCUCACUAGCAGCGAGAGACAUCGCCUUCUUUGAUGGACUCCCCAAACUUGUUGCAAUUAAGUCUUCCCACGACAACAGCUCAGGGAAGCUGAAGGCUGCCAAGGCUGCUUCCACAGUACUCUUCAACAUGUUCCAGUACAACAAGCUGCAUAAAGAUUAUAAACAGAAAGGGUUCACGAGGUGUGACUUCAUCGACACGGCCAUUUAGAGCAGACUGCUUGGCCCUUUUACUGGAUCCAUAUUCUGGACCUGCUGGUAGAGCCAGCAGGAGGACCCCCACAAUGGACCUGACACAUCUGGUCUCAAAUGAUGCAUUGAUGGAACCUGAAGAAUUCUGAGGAAUGUAUUUACCGAAUGUAUUUAAGGACAGAGGAGAAGCAGCUUUUCUUUACUCAAUUUUUUUGUUGUUGAUUUUAUCACAUUUUAUUGGUCUUUCAAAAUGGACUGCUUUACCAGCUUAAUAUUUGUAUUGCCAUGAGAGUGUUUUGGAUGACUGAGGAAUCUUCACUUUAGGACGGUGUGUGUGCGUGUGCGUGGUGCAUGCCUGUGUGCAUGCAUGUGUGUGAAUGUUUGGACUUAGUGGACUCGUCCUGUAAAAGGCAAUGGAUGCCUCUUUUCAUCUCUGGUACCAUAUGGGCUCAACUUGCCAUUCCUACAGACAUACUGUGUAUACAAUCCUCUAUAUUGUUAGUUCUACUGUACAUGGAUGCUUCACUGAAAGACAAGAUACAGGAUGGGUGCCCUCAAACUCCCAUUUGAACUAAUAAUCACCAGAGCAAUUUAAACAGACCCUGCUUUUAAUCACCCCAGUAUCCACUUUAUUGUAAUACAAUGCUUUCCUGUUCCAUCCAAGGAGGCUUUUCUGUGCAUAUUUCCACCCCAAAUAACUAACAAUAAACAGCAUCUGACAUGACCA